GGCUCGGAUUUGUUGUUGUUGUUGUUUUUCACACGAAAAAAAGGAGAUAAUAACACUUAAAAAGGCCUAAAAAGUAAUCUACAAAUAAUGUUAGUUUAAAACGAUCUCAGAAAAGCGACUAAUCAACAUGGAGACCAACGAAUCCGACCAUCACGUCCAUUUCAACCAAGAGCCCGGGACUGACGAUCCGUUCAUCGAAGACAAUGCAAUUACCAUAACGAAGAGUCAACCGGGAAACUGUUUAGUUCAUCUUGGAUUUCUUCAGGUAAAACAUCGAUAUUCAAUCGAACUCGCCAUUCCCCUGAAAGUAAUCGCUCACGAUGACUUUGACUGGAAAAGCAGUAUUAUCGAAAGUGAUGACAAUGGCACGCAUGUCCCGAAUCUCAAUUGCAAACUCGCCGAGUACUUAGGCUAUAAGGACGAUCACAUCGAGCUAAAAAUAGAUUAUUUUGCGCAUAAAGAACGAUUGCUGAAGGAAACGCUCAUCUUGAUGUUCAGCAGCCCGAACGGGACAAAGCAACAAUUAAAACUUGUGAUCUCAGCGAGAGUUUUGGGUCGUGGCAAGGGCACUCCGAUGCUCCGAAACGGCAUCCAUUGCACCGGAAUUGAAAUUGACGAUGAGUCUGAUGCCUCGGAUUGGGCAGGUUUCUCUCGAAAUGAUGUCGAUGGUUAAGC